AGCAGGAGAGAGGAGGAGGGGGCUGCGCCUCUGAUGGGGGAUCGGACCCCUCCACCCGCUCGCCUUCUCCGCCCCAGCCUGCUCUGACCACUAGGCUCCGGGCCCCCCUUCUCCCACCCACCCACCGCGGACGCAGCAGCAACAGGACCAUGGCGUUGAUCGUGCGCCUCAAGUCGGCCACCGACCUGCGAGGGAGAAGCGACCGGAUCGCCAAAGUGGCCUUCAGAGGUCUCUCUUUCUACACCCGAGUGCUGGAGAACUGUGAGAACGAAGCAUCCUUUGACGAGACUUUUCGGUGGCCAAUCGCCAGCAGUAUUGAUGUCAACGAGAUGCUGGAGAUCCAGGUGUUCAACUAUAGCAAGGUCUUCUCCAACAGACUCGUUGGAUCCUUCCAGAUGGUCUUGCAGAAGGUGGUGGAGGAAGGGCAUCUGGAGUUGACGGACACCUUGAUCGAUGACAACAACGCUGCCAUCCAGACCAGCAUCUCCAUUGAGGUUCGGUACCAGGCGGUGGACGGCACCGUCGGACCCUGGAGUGACCAGGACUUCUUGGAGAGUCCCAACGCACACUCCGAGGGCGAACCCUACGAGAUGGACGCCUUGCUCCCCACCCACCGGCACUCCCCCAGCAAGGCCAGCGUCGCCGAAAGGGCCCUCCGGAGAGCUGGGAAAGGAGUCUUUUCAGCCAUGAAGCUCGGCAAAGCUCGUCCUCAUAAAGAUGACCAACAUAGGAAGCAAGACGAACCAGCCGUCCUGGAAACGGAAGAUCUGGACCGCAAAGCGAUGUGGCUUGGAGGUGGUCUGGAUCCAGACACCAUCUCCCUGGCGUCGGUCACAGCCGUCACCACCAACGUGUCGAAUAAGAGGUCGAAACCCGACAUCAAGAUGGAGCCAAGCGCCGGACGGCCAAUGGAUUACCAGGUCAGCAUCACGGUGAUCGAAGCGCGGCAGCUGGUGGGUUUGAACAUGGACCCCGUGGUGUGCGUGGAGGUGGGGGACGAGAAGAAAUACACGUCCAUGAAGGAGUCCACAAACUGUCCGUAUUACAACGAGUACUUUGUCUUCGACUUCCACGUUCCUCCAGACGUCAUGUUCGACAAGAUCAUCAAACUCUCGGUGAUCCACUCCAAGAAUCUUCUCCGCAGUGGGACCUUGGUGGGCUCUUUCAAAAUGGACGUGGGGACCGUUUACAGCCAGCCAGAACACCAGUUCCACCACAAGUGGGCCAUCUUGUCCGAUCCCGAGGACCUCACGGCGGGGCUGAAGGGCUACCUGAAGGUCGACAUCGCCGUGGUGGGCAAGGGGGACAACAUCAAGACGCCCCACAAAGCCAACGAGACGGACGAGGAUGACAUCGAGGGGAACUUGCUUCUCCCCGACGGAGUGCCUGCCGAGAGGCAGUGGGCCCGUUUCUAUAUCAAGAUUUAUCGUGCGGAAGGCCUUCCACGCAUGAACACCAGCAUCAUGGCCAACGUGAAGAAGGCUCUCAUUGGGGAGAACAAAGAUCUGGUGGAUCCCUACGUUCAGGUCGUCUUCGCAGGCCAGAAGGGUAAAACCUCCGUCCAGAAGAGCAGCUAUGAGCCCUUGUGGAACGAGCAGAUUGUCUUCACGGAGAUGUUCCCCCCGCUGUGCAAGCGCAUCAAGGUCCAGAUCCGUGACUCUGACAAGGUCAACGACGUGGCCAUCGGGACCCACUUUAUCGACUUGAGGAAGAUCUCCAACGAAGGGGACAAAGGUUACCUGCCCACCUUUGGCCCAGCCUGGGUGAACAUGUACGGCUCCACCCGCAAUUACACCCUGAUGGAUGAGCACCAGGACUUGAACGAGGGGCUCGGCGAGGGGGUCUCCUUCCGGGCCCGCCUGCUCCUCAGCCUGGCGGUGGAGAUCCUGGACACCAGCAACCCAGAACUCACCAGUUCCACGGAAGUCCAAGUCGAAAUGGCCACGCCUGUCGCCGACAACUGCACUGGCAAGAUGGAGGAGUUUUUUCUCUUUGGGUCCUUCCUGGAGGCCACCAUGAUUGACCGGAAGAAUGGAGACAAGCCUAUCAACUUUGAGGUCACGAUAGGCAACUACGGCAAUGAGAUUGACGGGCCCUCCAGGCCCCCCAUCCGGAGGAAGAAAGAUGGUGGAGAUGGCAAUGAGGAGGAAUCCGAGCUGCUGCAGAAUGAAAGCGACGAGGAGGGUGUGGAUGAUGGAGAAUUUGUGUCCGUCUCCACGUCUCCCCCUCUGAAGCCUCUGAUCACCGACAGGAAUUAUUUCCACCUGGCGUAUUUCGACAAGAAGCCGUGCAUUUACAUCAAGAGCUGGUGGCAGGACCAGAGGCGACGCCUUUACAACUCCAACAUCAUGGACAAGAUUGCGGACAAGCUGGAAGAAGGCCUGAACGAUGUGCACGAGAUGAUUAAGACGGAGAAGCCUCACCCGGAACGCCGACUCCGAGGGGUCUUGGAAGAGCUGAGCAGUGGAUGCCUGCGGUUUGUGACCCUUGCAAACAAAGACCAGAACCAGUCCACACGCACACGGUUGGAUCGCGAGAGGCUGAAAGCCUGCAUGCGGGAACUGGAGACCAUGGGCCAGCAGGCGAAGACCAUGCGCUCCCAGGUGAAGAAAACCACCAUCCGGGACAAGCUGAAGCAGUCUCAGAACUUCCUGCAGAAGCUGCGGUUCCUGGCCGACGAGCCUCAACACAGCAUCCCGGACAUCUUCCUUUGGAUGGUCAGCAACAACAAGCGCAUUGCCUACGCCCGGAUCCCUUCCAAGGACAUCCUCUACUCUAUUGUGGACGAGGAGAUGGGCAAAGACUGCGGGAAAGUGAAAACAGUCUUCCUGAGGUUGCCUGGGAAACGGGGCUUUGGCCCGGCCGGCUGGACCGUGCAGGCCAAGAUGGAGAUCUACCUGUGGCUGGGGCUGAACAAGCAACGGAGGGACUUCCUCAGCGGCCUGCCCUGCGGCUUCGAAGAGAGGAAACUGCCCAGAGGACAGGGCAUCGCAAACUUUCCCCCCAUCAGCCUCCACUACACCAAGAAACAGGUCUUCCAGCUACGCGUCCACAUGUACCAAGCCCGGAGCUUGUUUGCGGCGGACAGCAGCGGCCUCUCCGACCCCUUCGCCCGGGUUUUCUUCAUCACCCAGAGCCAAUGCACCGAGGUUCUCAACGAGACCCUCUGCCCCACCUGGGAUCAGCUGCUGGUUUUUGACAACGUGGAGCUCUACGGGGAAGCCCAUGAGAUGCGAGAUGAUCCUCCCAUCAUUGUCAUCGAGAUCUAUGACCAGGACACAGUGGGCAAGGCUGACUUCAUGGGCCGAACGUUUGCCAAGCCUGUGGUGAAAAUGGCGGACGAGGAAUACUGCCCCCCUCGCUUCCCACCUCAGCUGGAGUACUAUCAGAUUUACCGGGGCAACUCCACCGCAGGAGACCUGCUGGCUGCCUUUGAGCUGCUCCAGAUUGGCCCAACCGGGAAGGCAGAUUUACCUCCCAUUGAUGGACCCACAGACAUGGACCGGGGCCCCAUCCUGCCCGUGCCACUAGGGAUCCGACCGGUGCUGAGCAAAUACAGAGUGGAGAUCUUAUUCUGGGGACUGAGGGACCUGAAGCGGGUCAACUUGGCCCAGGUGGACAGACCUAGAGUGGACAUUGAGUGCGCCGGAAGGGGAGUCCAGUCUUCCCUCAUCCAGAAUUACAAGAAAAACCCCAAUUUCAGCACCUUGGUCAAGUGGUUUGAAGUGGAUCUGCCCGAAAACGAGCUCCUCCACCCGCCCCUGAACAUCCGCGUGGUGGACUGCCGCGCCUUCGGGCGUUACACCCUCGUGGGCAGCCAUGCGGUCAACUCCUUGCGGAAAUUCAUCUACAGGCCUCCCGAUAAGAAGGCUCAGCACUGGAGCACUGCAGCCAAGCUCAUGAACGCCUACGUGGCCCUGGCCAACGGAGGCCCCUACUCUUACCCCGCAGGUGAAAUUGUGGUCAACAUGGAGCCAGAGGUGCCUAUCAAAAAGAUGGAGACCAUGGUCAAGCUGGAAGCGUCGGAAGAAGAGAAGGAGAAGAAGAAAAAGAAGAAGAAGAAAGGAGGGGUGGAAGAGAGCGAGGAGGAGGAGCCCGCCGAGAGCACCCUGGACUGGUGGUCCAAGUAUUUUGCUUCCAUUGAAACCAUGAAGGAGCUACUUCGGCAACAGGAGGCAGCUGCAGUGGAAGCCGAGGAGAAGGAAGAGCUGGAAAUUUCCGACGGCACCAAGGGCCAAGGGAAGAGCAAAGCCAAGGUGCCCAAGGAAGAGAAGAAAAAGAAGCAACAGCAGCAACAACAGCAGCAGCAGCAACAGCCGCAGACUCUGCCGGACGCGCCUGAGAAAAAGAUCAAGCAGAAGAUUGAUGAGCUGAAAGUGUACCCCAAAGAGCUGGAGACAGAGUUUGGCUACUUUGAGGACUGGCUGCACACGUUCAGCCUUUUCCGCGGGAAGAUCGGGGACGACGACGACAAUACGGGAGAUGAAGACCGCAUUGUGGGCAGGUUCAAGGGCUCCUUGUGUGUCUUCGAAGUCCCGCUCCUUGAUGACAUUACCAAAGAGGCUGGCUAUGACCCCAAUUUCGGCAUGUUCCAAGGGAUUCCGAGCAACGACCCCAUCAACGUGCUGGUCCGUGUCUACAUUGUGAGGGCCACGGAUUUGCAUCCUGCAGACAUCAACGGCAAAGCGGAUCCCUACAUUGUCAUCAAGUUGGGGAAGACGGAUAUCAAGGACAAAGAGAACUACAUUUCCAAGCAGCUGAACCCGGUCUUUGGGAAGUCCUUCGACAUUGAGGCCACGUUCCCCAUGGAGUCCAUGCUGACCGUCGCCAUCUAUGACUGGGACUUGGUGGGCACAGACGACCUCAUCGGCGAGACCAAGAUAGACCUGGAGAACCGAUAUUAUAGCAAGCACAGGGCGACCUGCGGCAUCUCGCAGACCUAUUCCAUCCAUGGUUAUAAUAUGUGGCGAGACCCUCAAAAGCCGACCCAGAUCCUAUCCAAGCUCUGCAAAGAAGGGAAAGUGGAUGGCCCUCACUACGGGCCCGGGGGCAGAGUGAAGGUGACGAACCGGGUCUUCACCGGCCCCACAGAGGCAGAGGACGAGCAUGGUCAGAAGAAACAGACGGACGAGCAUCUGGCCCUGACCGUGCUGCAUCACUGGGAGGAGAUCCCCCGGGUUGGCUGCAAGCUCGUGCCUGAGCACGUGGAAACCCGGCCCUUGCUCAACCCGGACAAGCCAGGAAUUGAACAGGGUCGGUUGGAGAUGUGGGUGGACAUGUUCCCCAUGGACAUGCCGGCGCCUGGCCCUGCUAUUGACAUCUCACCCAGGAAACCGAAGAAAUACGAGCUUAGAGUGAUCGUGUGGAACACCGACGAGGUGGUCCUGGAGGACGACGAUUACUUCACGGGCGAGAAGUCCAGUGACAUUUUUGUCCGGGGGUGGCUGAAGGGGCAGCAGGAAGACAAGCAGGACACCGACGUCCACUACCACUCGCUGACCGGCGAGGGCAACUUCAACUGGCGCUACAUCUUUCCUUUCGACUACCUGGCGGCAGAGGAGAAGAUUGUCAUCUCGAAGAAGGAGUCCAUGUUCUCCUGGGACGAGACCGAAUACAAGAUUCCGGCCCGACUCACGCUACAGGUGUGGGACGCUGACCACUUUUCCGCUGACGACUUCCUCGGGGGCAUUGAGCUGGACCUGAACCGCUUCCCACGGGGGGCCAAGACGGCCAAGCAGUGCUCCAUGGAGCUGGCCACCGGCGAGACCGAAGUGCCCAUGAUCUCCAUCUUCAAGCAGAAGCGGGUGAAAGGCUGGUGGCCUUUCUUGGCACGGGAUGAGAACGAUGAGCUGGAGAUGACGGGCAAAGUGGAAGCCGAGCUCCACCUCCUGACCGCCGAGGAAGCAGAGAAAAGUCCAGCCGGGCUGGCUCGUAACGAGCCCGACCCAUUGGAGAAACCCAAUCGGCCUGACACCUCCUUCAUCUGGUUCCUGAACCCGCUCAAAUCUAUCAGAUACCUCAUUUGCACCCGUUACAAGUGGCUGAUCAUCAAGAUUGUCCUGGCCCUCCUGCUCGUCAUCAUGGUGGCCCUCUUCCUCUACUCCAUGCCCGGCUACAUGGUCAAGAAGCUCCUGGGGGCCUGAGGAAGCCCACUCCGACGCCGGGACUUCUUCCGUUUUCGAGCCUGCCGUUUUUGGGACCACUGCCUCUUGUUUGCUUCUGUUUUCUGAUUUCCUUUACCGAUCUUCUCCUC